AGUCCCCAACAACUAUGCUUGGAUUCUAUUCGUGCUGCUCUUCUUGACACUUUGCCUGCUAAUGUAGCAUACGUACUGCAACCACAAAUCAGUGAAUGGAACGAAGAUGGAGAGGUUCUCCAAAUUGUUGCGGACAUUCCUUGUGAGAAGCAGCGGAUAGGAAAGCUCGUUCUUGGGAAGGGUGGACAAAGAAUAGUGGACAUCGGAAAACGUGUCAACGACCACAUGAGUAAUUUGUUUGCAAGACAACUGUUUGUGCGUAUUCUUGUUAAGCACAACAAAAAAGUCAUGAGUAUUCUUUCUUAA